UUUCAAUGAGAAGAUUAAUAAUUGUGGGGAAAAGUCAGUUGAUUGUGGAUUUAUGUAACAGAAAAAUUCCGGAAAAUGGAGCUCGAAAAAAAGAAGACCCGGCCCACGAAGCGGGUUUUCACUGGUCCCAUUAUAAAGUAUCAGUCGUUAACAAUGCCAUUAGUGGAGGAAUUGCAGGCAGGUUCGAGUGUGGAUUCGUUGGCCAAAAUGGAACUUGACGAAAUGGAUGAAUCAAGGGAUAAAAGCGGCAAGGAAAAGCAAAGCAAAAAGAGCGGCAAUCGGAAAUCGACCAAAGUGGCCGUCAGAGGGCACUGCGAGCGCACCUUCAUCACGUUUGAAAAUGAUCUGGACGACGCCCUGUUCAGUACGUUCUUCCCCAAGCCACAGAAACGGGAACGUCGCAGCCAGAUUUGUGCCAUCACUCGACUUCCGGCCCGGUACUACGAUCCGGUCACGCAGCUGCCCUACCGGAACCUGCAGGCGUUCAAGAUUCUCCGCGAGGCUUACUACCAGCAGCUGGAGGACAGAGGCAACCCGGACAAUCCGGACGUGAGCAAGUGGCUUGAGUGGCGCAAGCGAAUCAAAGAGUACAGACUGAAGAGUUUAAACAAAAAUAGCUCAUUGAUGGGAAUGAUUUCCGGAAGCAACUAGAAUUGUGCGUGUGUUUGUUUAAACAAUUUCCCAUUAUGAUUCAUUACGAAAAAAAAAAUGCUUUAAAAAAAUGAA